GGCGGGAGUUGGAUUUCGGGAAAACCAUGAAAAGCGCGCUAAGUUCGAAUUUGGCGGCGCCACCCAAAUGCAGAUGUAAAUGCACACAAAUUUCAAGUGCUCAAAGCAAAUCAGGGAUAACUAUAUGGCGGAGUCCCAAAACCUCUCUCGGUUCCUCAAUCCAUGGCUCCUUCAUCUCCAGAAGCUAGCUCUCGAGCUCAAAUGCCCCUUUUGCCUCAACUUGCUGAAUCGGCCUAUGUUGCUCCCCUGCAAUCACAUUUUCUGCGAUUCAUGCAUACCCAGAUCGACCCUCUUUGGAUCUGAAUGUCCUGCCUGUAAACAUCAGCAUGUGAACCGAGAGAUAAGAUCAGCACCUUAUAUUGAAAAUAUGGUAGCCAUCUACCGAAGUUUGGAUGCCACUUUCAGUGCUAGUAUCUUUCAGCCUGUUUCUUCUGAUGGUGGGGCAGCAUUGGAGCCAUGCCCAAUUUCUGGUAAUAUGAACUAUGACAACAAAUUGAGGAAGGAGCCAGUUGAAACAACUCUAGAGGGAAAUUCUAGCAAUGGGCAAUCUUUGUUUUCAGUGGCUGGAAACAAGCGUGUUCAUGCUUCACUUAAUGAUAGUGUUGAAAAUGGUAUUGUGUUAGAGGUGAAAACAGCCAAUGAUACCAUCCCAAGAAAUUGUGAGAAGGAAGAAAUGCAUGGUGGGGAAGAAAUGGUGUGUGGUCGGGCAAGAACUAUUGAUGAAGAGCUUAGAACUGAUGAAACAGACACAAAUCAGGUGGCACAAUUGUCACCAGGCAGCCCUCCAUCCUUUGGUGAUUCCAAGGAUUUUGAUUGUAACACCAGUGAUCCGGGCUGCAGUGAUAGUAAUAUGGAAAAACAAAGAGCAAAGGGGUUAGUUGCGAACAACUUUGAUUGUGCAGGAGAUGAAAUAAAUGACAUGCCAACCUCGGGAGCCAAAUGUGGUACAAGAGAUGCCAAGCGACAAAAAAGACCAAAUUAUGGGUUGUUUCAGAUGGGUGUGAAAAGUGACAACCACACACAAGUGGUGGUUCUGCCACCCAAAAAUGUAGCAACUUCCAAUUGUGAAUUGGAACCUAAAUUUGGAGAAACCCUUAUGUGUGGCCAGUCAAGUGUAAUUUCGGAUUCAUCAGAUGCAAAUAAAAGCGUUUGUGGCUUUUGCCUGUCUUCUAAGUUCACAGAUGGUUCUGGACCGAUGUUGCACUACGCCAACGGAAAGGAGGUCGUAGGAGAGGUGGCCACUCUCUCCAAGGUCCUACAUGUUCACCAAAAGUGCAUUGAAUGGACACCUCAAGUCUAUUACGUGGAUGAAACAAUCAAGAAUUUGGAGUCAGAAUUGGCAAGGGCGGCAAAGCUGAAGUGUAGCAGUUGUGGUCUGAAGGGAGCAGCACUUGGCUGCUUUGUUAAGUCCUGCCGAAAAAGUUAUCAUGUGCCUUGUGCGUAUGAGAUCUUAGAUUGUAGAUGGGAUACUGAGGACUUUCUAAUGUUGUGUCCUGCUCAUAAGUCUGCCAAAUUUCCAAGAGAAAAGAAGUUUGGGAAGCAUGACAGUGGAGAAAAGCAUAUGGUGUCAACUCAAAAGUUCUCCAAGCAGUCAAACUUCAGUGCAACAUUGCUUAAUGGAGCAAGAGAUUGGGUUUUUUGCGGAUCUGCUCUUUCAUCUGAAGAGAAGUAUCUUCUGGUCAAGUUUGGAAGCAUUUGUGGUGCAACUGUGACCAAGAUUUGGAAACCAAAUGUUACCCACGUGAUUGCAGCCACAGAUACAAAUGGUGCAUGCAGUAGGACAUUGAAAGUUCUCAUGGCUAUUCUGAAUGGAAGGUGGAUCAUUACAAUGGACUGGAUAAAAGCUUGCAUGGAAGCAAAACAUCCUGUGGAUGAAGAACUAUAUGAAGUUAGCUUAGACAACCACGGUUGUUGGGAUGGACCCAAAACAGGCAGACUUAGGGCCUUAAUCAAUAAACCUAAGCUUUUCGGUGGCCUAAAUUUCUAUUUUGUUGCGGACUUUGUGCCAGCUUACAAGCAUGACCUCUUAAAUUUGGUACUAACAGCUGGUGGUACUGUUAUUGAAAGAAAGGAUCAGUUAAUGGGACAAAGUCAUGAUGCCCACAGAACUCCAUCAGCAACACUAGUAGUUUAUAACCAGGAUCCCCCACCGGGUUGCAAGCUGGGAGAAGAGGGUUCCAUUUUGUUGCAGAGAUCAGCAGCUGCACAGGAUUUGGCUAAUGAGAUUGGAUCCAAGGUCAUUACGCACACGUGGAUUUUGGAAUCAAUUGCUGCAUGCAAGCUGCAGCCUUUACCAUGUUAAGAAAAUUGACAUAUUAAUGUCAGGAUCCUUUUUGCUUCAAUCCCUUCAUGUAAAUUUAUCCCUCUUUUGAAUGAUGAUGAGAUAAAUCUAGUUCUUUUUUCCCUGGGGCUGCUUUAUCUUGAAUGUGUAAUAAGGGUUCAAUGUUAGCAAGUGAUUUU